GAUUCUUACUUGCUUCUUUAGACGUAUUAUUGUGUUCUCAUCUGUAGAAGUAGAUAUAUUUCUCUUCUAGACUGCAAAGAUCAUAUUGCAUUUCCUGUCUACUCUGUCUCUUUAAAAUAUUUGUUCACUUCUUUUUACAGCCUAGUAAGACUAGACUCGAGCAUCUAAGGCAAUGGGAUACAAUGUGUCACUGGCUAUUUCCUUUUUGUCUUCACUUUUCCCUGCCUAACGCUGUGCAUGUAGAUUGUAUAGCACUGGUGGAAAUCACAUUGAGAUCUUGGGUAAUUUCAGUCCCAGACGAUACAAAACAAAUAAUCAGAUGCUGUAACUUAAUAUGCCACUAAUGGAAGAAUGAAGCUCCUUUUCCAUAUUGCGUGAAUGAGCCCAGCUUUUCAGGUAUUUGAUUCACCGUAACUUUCAUAUAUAAGCAGCUGCAUAAACACAUACGUGCAUAUCCACACGAAUAAAUAAUCAAAAUGCUUUUGUAGUUAGAAGCUCCUUUACUUCUCCUGUGAAUCUGUGCUGUCUCACAAUCCUCUUAUUUUGAGACUUCAGAGCAGCUCCAAGUAAACCAUAGUUCUAAUUAGAUCCAGCCAGAAGUUUUCAUCCAGACUUCUUUUUAACAACAACAUUGGUUAAGUGGAAUUGUUUGUAAACUUUUUGUUGAUUUCAUUGAAUCAUCUGUGAAAUUAGAAAAUCCUCUCAAAUAAAACACUUUUCUAGAAAGGCUUUAAACAUUAUUUUAAAAUGUUGUGUAAUACUUACAUAAGUCAAAACUAAAUCAAUACUUUUGAUGUGUUUGAAUUACAUUGCUCAUUCAGCAUAUAUUUUCUUAAUUGCUGAAAAUUUCAAAAACCUUGUUUUGAUUAAGUCAAACUGAUCAUUCUAUCACCAUGAUUACCAAAGAAACAAAUUAUCAAUAUUUUCCUUCUCUUGAUUGUUUCUUUUUCAAAGCCACAGUGGCAUUUCUUCAGCUACUAUAUUCUUUCCUUCUCCAACCUCUCUCACUUUAGAAUGACCUUUUGCUUUUUAUUACUUUCCACAGCUUUUUCUUGUCCUCUUCACAGCUGAAGGAAGGGUGAUGGUAGGGAGUAAAUGACUGCCAGAACAUCUGAAUGUACAGAUACAGCAAGACCUGUGUGCUUGAAAAGUUUGGAAGAGAUUUGUGUACAUGUGAGAGAAGGAGGGAAGGGCAGAAGAUCAGUGGUGAGGUAGGAGAGAGGUAAAAAAUUUUAUUAGUGCAAUGGGAGAAAAAGGACAAAAAUCAGUAAGCAAAGAAAAUAGAGAGAAGGCAGAAGAGUGGAAAGAGGCAGGAUGGCAUUUCGGUGGAGUGGUGCCCAAAAGCGGUGUCUUACUGAUUUGCUACAUGAGAGGGGCUUACAGUGCUCCUGAUCACCUGCUGUAGCAGGGAGCAAGAAGAGAUGAUUUCUGUACAGGAACUUACCACUGCUGUGAACACUCAAAACUGCCCUCCUUCUCUCUCAUUGCUGGCUUUCCAGAUUUGGAAAGAAUACACAUUGAAUAUAUUGUAUGCAUUUAUUUUAGAAAAUUUACACAAGCUGUAGUUGAAAAUAGUCUAGACUGAGAAUAGUACGGUUUCAGCAACUGCUUCGGUUGUACACUGCCAUUGUAACCUCCAUUUUUUAAUUUCUCUUACUUUGCUAUCUCUCCUACUUUCUUCCUCUUUCACCUUCACAGUUUUAGCUGUGGUCUCCUCAGCAGUAGCUGCUAUGCAUUCAAAAGAACUUUUGAGAAUCCCGAGACUUGGCUGGGUAUAUAAAUUUGUGUAUUUUAGUCCCAGAAUCUCAGUUUAAGCAAAUGUUUGAGCAUGCAAAAAUUCUUUACCAUUUCUGACAAGAAUUUAUGGGUGUAUAUCAGUACCAUCUACUGGCAAUAAGAGUUACAGCGCUUAGUAGGCUCACACAGGAAAUGCCAGAUUUGACUUCAAUAACCAGGAUCCUUCAGCAGGAAGUUAGGUGUGGUCUGCACAAGGAGAAUUUAAAAAAAAAAAAAAAAAAAAAAAGAGGGAGAAAAAAAAAGAAAAAGGAAAAGACAUGAUGGAAUUUUAGCUGCAGUCUUCCUUGGUGCCAUUCCAAACCCACAUAAGUGCAAGAUUCUUCACUGCACUUUUUUUAUGAGAGAGACUAAACAGUAACUAAGAGGUGCAGGAUGAAAAGAUGGCACAAUCAGUGCUGGUACCACCAGGACCCGACAGCUUCCGCUAUUUCACAAGAGAAUCACUUGCAGCUAUUGAGCAGCGUAUCAAUGAAGAAAAAGCUCAAAAAUCCAAACAGGAACGCAAAGAUGAGGAUGAUGAAGAUGGCCCAAAGCCAAAUAGUGACUUGGAGGCAGGAAAGACACUGCCAUUUAUUUACGGUGACAUACCUCCAGGAAUGGUGUCCGAGCCCUUGGAAGACCUGGACCCGUAUUAUAUCAAUAAAAAAACCUUUAUAGUAUUGAAUAAAGGGAAGGCAAUCUUCCGAUUCAGUGCCACCUCUGCCCUGUACAUGUUAACUCCUUUCAAUCCUCUUAGAAAAAUAGCUAUUAAGAUUUUGGUACAUUCAUUAUUCAGCAUGCUUAUCAUGUGCACUAUUUUGACCAACUGCGUAUUUAUGACCAUGAGUAACCCUCCAGACUGGACAAAGAAUGUAGAAUACACUUUCACUGGAAUUUAUACCUUUGAAUCACUUAUUAAAAUUCUUGCAAGGGGCUUCUGUUUAGAAGAUUUUACAUUUCUUCGAGACCCAUGGAAUUGGCUAGAUUUCACUGUCAUAACAUUUGCAUAUGUGACAGAGUUUGUGGACCUGGGCAAUGUCUCAGCGUUGAGAACAUUCAGAGUUCUCCGAGCUUUGAAAACAAUAUCAGUCAUUCCAGGCUUGAAGACUAUUGUGGGAGCCCUAAUUCAGUCUGUGAAGAAGCUCUCAGAUGUGAUGAUCCUGACAGUGUUUUGUCUGAGUGUAUUUGCACUGAUAGGGCUGCAGCUGUUCAUGGGGAACUUGAGGAAUAAAUGCCUGCAGUGGCCUCCAGACAAUUCUACUUUUGAAACAACUGUUAUUUCCAUCUUUAAUAGCUCUAUAGGUGAAAAUGGUACAUUUAUUAAUACAACAAUGACAACAUUUAACUGGGAUGAGUACAUCGAAGAUGAAAGUCAUUUCUACUUCUUGGAAGGACAAAAUGAUGCACUGCUGUGUGGCAAUAGCUCAGAUGCAGGUCAAUGUCCAGAAGGAUAUAUAUGUGUGAAAGCUGGUAGAAACCCCAACUAUGGCUACACAAGUUUUGAUACAUUCAGUUGGGCAUUCUUGUCACUGUUUCGAUUGAUGACUCAGGACUUUUGGGAGAAUCUUUACCAGCUGACACUGCGUGCUGCUGGGAAAACGUACAUGAUAUUUUUUGUUUUGGUCAUUUUCCUGGGUUCUUUCUACCUGAUCAACUUGAUCCUGGCUGUGGUUGCCAUGGCCUAUGAAGAACAGAAUCAAGCAACCAUGGAAGAAGCAGAACAGAAAGAAGCAGAAUUUCAGCAAAUGCUGGAACAACUGAAAAAGCAACAGGAAGAAGCUCAGGCGGCAGCAGCAGCUGCAGCAACUGACUCAAGAGAUUAUAGUGGAGUAGGUGGAAUAGGUGGAUUCUCCGAAAGUUCUUCUGAGGCUUCAAAACUGAGCUCAAAGAGUGCUAAAGAGAGAAGGAAUAGAAGAAAGAAAAAAAAGCAAAAAGAACAAUCUGAAGGCGAGGAGAAGGAUGGGGAAGAAUUUCACAAAUCUGGAUCAGAGGACAGCAUCAAAAAGAAAGGUUUCCGAUUUUCCAUUGAGGGAAAUAGACUGACAUACGAAAAGAGAUUCUCUUCCCCACACCAGUCUUUGCUGAGCAUUCGCGGCUCCCUGUUCUCCCCAAGGCGCAACAGCAGAACAAGUCUUUUCAGCUUCAGAGGUCGAGCAAAGGAUGUAGGAUCAGAAAAUGACUUUGCCGAUGAUGAGCACAGCACUUUUGAAGACAAUGAGAGCAGAAGAGAUUCUCUCUUUGUUCCUCAUAGACACGGUGAACGGCGCAACAGUAACAUUAGUCAGGCCAGUAGGUCAUCCAGAACAAUACCUGCACUUCCAGCAAAUGGGAAAAUGCACAGCACUGUGGAUUGCAACGGAGUAGUGUCUUUAGUUGGUGGGCCACCAGCUCUGACCUCACCUACAGGACAGCUCCUGCCAGAGGUGAUGAUUGAUAAAGCAGCCUCUGCUAGCAAUGGCACUACUACAGAAACUGACUUAAGAAAGAGACGAUCUAGUUCUUACCAUGUUCCUAUGGACUACCUAACAGACCCUAGUGCAAGGCAAAGGGCAAUGAGUAUAGCCAGCAUGCUUACAAACACAAUGGAAGAACUGGAAGAAUCCAGACAGAAAUGCCCACCGUGCUGGUAUAAAUUUGCUAACACUUGCUUGAUUUGGGACUGCUGUACUCCCUGGCUGAAAGUCAAACAUAUUGUAAAUUUGAUUGUGAUGGAUCCAUUUGUUGAUCUGGCCAUUACUAUCUGCAUCGUCCUAAACACCCUGUUCAUGGCCAUGGAGCACUAUCCAAUGACAGAACAGUUUAGCGGUGUGCUUUCAGUAGGAAACCUUGUGUUUACUGGAAUUUUCACAGCAGAAAUGUUUCUCAAGAUAAUUGCCAUGGAUCCUUAUUAUUAUUUCCAAGAGGGCUGGAAUAUUUUUGAUGGUUUUAUUGUGAGUCUUAGUUUAAUGGAACUUGGCCUUGCAAAUGUGGAAGGAUUAUCUGUCCUUCGAUCAUUCCGAUUGGUAAGUAUACUAAAUAAAAUUUUCAAAUUGGCAAAAUCUUGCCAACUCCUAAAUAUGCUGAUUAAGAUUAUGGGCAAUUCAGUGGGGGCUCUGGGCAAUUUGACCCUGGUGCUCGCUAUCAUUGUGUUCAUUUUUGCUGUGGGUGGGAUGCAGCUCUUUGGGAAAAGCUACAAGGAAUGUGUCGGCAAGAUCUCCAGUGACUGGGAACUUCAACGCUGGCACAUGCAUGACUUUUUCCACUCUUUCCUGAUUGUAUUCCGAGUGCUGUGUGGGGAAUGGAUAGAAACGAUGUGGGACUGCAUGGAGGUUGCUGGCCAAACCAUGUGCCUUACAGUCUUCAUGAUGGUCAUGGUGAUUGGAAACCUUGUGGUACUCAACCUCUUUUUGGCCUUGCUGCUGAGCUCAUUUAGUUCAGACAACCUUGCUGCUACAGAUGAUGAUAACGAAAUGAACAAUCUCCAGAUUGCUGUGGCAAGGAUUCAGAAAGGCAUAGAUUAUGUGAAGAGAAAAGUGCGUGAAUUCAUCCAAAAAGCCUUUGUUAGAAAACAGAAAGUUUUAGAUGAAAUCAAACCUCUCGAAGACCUAAACAAUAAAAAAGACAGCUGUAUUUCCAACCAUACAAUAGUAGAUAUAGGUAAAAACCUUGCCUAUCUUAAAGAAGGGAAUGGAACUACCAGUGGCAUAGGCAGCAGCGUGGAAAAAUAUGUUGUUGAUGAAAGUGAUUACAUGUCAUUCAUAAACAACCCAAGUCUCACUGUGACAGUGCCAAUUGCUGUCGGGGAAUCAGAUUUUGAAAAUUUAAAUACAGAGGAGUUCAGCAGUGAGUCGGACCUGGAAGAAAGCAAAGAGAAAUUAAAUGCAUCCAGUUCAUCAGAAGGCAGCACAGUUGAUAUUGGACUACCUCCAGAGGGUGAACAACCAGAAGCAGAACCCGAAGAAGUUCUGGAGCCAGAGGCUUGUUUUACAGAAGGAUGUGUACGGAGAUUCAAAUGCUGUCAAGUCAGUGUAGAAGAUGGAAAAGGGAAAAUCUGGUGGAAUCUUAGGAAAACCUGCUAUAAGAUUGUUGAACACAACUGGUUUGAGACCUUCAUAGUCUUCAUGAUUCUUCUCAGCAGCGGUGCUCUGGCAUUUGAAGAUAUCUACAUAGAACAACGUAAAACUAUCAAGACUAUGCUGGAAUAUGCUGACAAAGUUUUCACGUACAUCUUCAUUUUGGAAAUGCUUUUAAAAUGGGUGGCUUAUGGCUUUCAAACCUAUUUCACUAAUGCCUGGUGCUGGCUGGACUUCCUGAUUGUUGAUGUCUCUUUGGUUAGCUUAACAGCUAAUGCCUUGGGCUACUCAGAACUUGGUGCGAUUAAAUCCCUUAGGACACUAAGAGCUUUGAGACCUCUAAGAGCCUUGUCACGAUUUGAAGGGAUGAGGGUUGUUGUGAAUGCCCUGUUGGGAGCGAUUCCAUCUAUUAUGAAUGUGCUUCUUGUUUGCCUUAUAUUCUGGCUGAUCUUCAGUAUCAUGGGAGUAAACCUAUUUGCUGGAAAAUUUUACUACUGCGUUAACACUACAACUGAUGAGAGAUUUGACAUCAGCCAAAUCAACAACUACAGUCAAUGUGAGGAGCUCAUACAAAACAAUGAAACUGCCCGGUGGAAGAAUGUCAAGGUUAACUUUGAUAACGUAGGCCUUGGUUAUCUUUCUCUGCUUCAAGUGGCUACAUUUAAAGGAUGGAUGGAUAUCAUGUAUGCAGCUGUGGAUUCUCGUAAUGUUUUGGAUCAGCCUAAGUAUGAAGAUAACCUGUACAUGUAUCUUUACUUUGUCAUCUUUAUCAUCUUUGGAUCAUUUUUUACCUUGAACCUUUUUAUUGGUGUCAUCAUAGACAAUUUCAACCAGCAGAAAAAGAAGUUUGGAGGUCAAGACAUUUUUAUGACAGAGGAACAGAAGAAAUACUACAAUGCAAUGAAAAAAUUGGGUUCAAAGAAACCACAAAAGCCUAUACCUCGACCAGCAAACAAAUUCCAAGGCAUGGUCUUUGAUUUUGUAACAAAACAAGCAUUUGAUAUCAGCAUCAUGAUACUUAUCUGCCUUAACAUGGUCACAAUGAUGGUAGAAACAGAUGAUCAGAGUGAAGACAUGGAAAACAUUUUAUAUUGGAUUAACCUGGUGUUUAUCGUACUUUUCACCGGAGAAUUUGUCCUGAAAUUGAUUUCACUUCGCCAUUACUACUUUACUAUAGGUUGGAAUAUUUUUGAUUUUGUGGUUGUCAUUCUCUCCAUAGUAGGUAUGUUCUUAGCUGAGAUGAUUGAGAAGUACUUUGUGUCCCCCACACUAUUCAGAGUCAUCCGACUUGCCAGAAUCGGUCGAAUCCUGCGCCUCAUUAAAGGCGCCAAGGGAAUCCGCACUCUGCUUUUCGCUUUGAUGAUGUCUCUUCCUGCUCUGUUCAACAUUGGUCUGCUGCUCUUCCUGGUCAUGUUCAUCUAUGCGAUAUUUGGCAUGUCCAACUUUGCCUAUGUUAAGAGGGAAGUUGGGAUCGAUGACAUGUUCAACUUUGAAACGUUUGGCAACAGCAUGAUCUGCCUGUUUCAGAUCACCACGUCUGCUGGCUGGGACGGUUUGCUCGCCCCGAUUCUGAACAGUGGGGAGCCCGACUGUGAUCCCCAUAAAGAUCAUCCUGGGAGCUCUGUGAAAGGUGACUGCGGCAACCCUUCCGUUGGGAUUUUCUUCUUUGUCAGCUACAUUAUCAUCUCCUUUCUGGUAGUGGUGAACAUGUACAUUGCUGUGAUUUUGGAGAACUUCAGUGUUGCUACUGAGGAAAGUGCUGAACCCUUGAGCGAGGACGACUUUGAGAUGUUCUAUGAGGUUUGGGAGAAAUUUGAUCCCGAUGCAACACAAUUCAUAGAGUUCAGUAAAUUAUCAGAUUUUGCAGCUUCAUUAGAUCCGCCUCUUCUCAUCGCAAAACCGAACAAAGUCCAGCUCAUUGCAAUGGAUCUGCCCAUGGUGAGCGGUGACAGAAUUCACUGCCUCGACAUCCUGUUUGCUUUCACAAAGCGUGUUUUGGGGGAAAGUGGAGAGAUGGAUGCCCUCAGAAUACAAAUGGAAGAUCGGUUUAUGGCAGCCAAUCCUUCUAAAGUCUCCUAUGAACCAAUUACAACCACAUUGAAACGAAAGCAGGAGGAGGUGUCUGCUGUCAUCAUUCAGCGUGCUUACAGACGUCAUCUUUUAAGGCAAAAAUUCAAAAAAGUGUCAUGUAUAUUUAGUCAGGAUAAAGGUAAAGAGGAGGAUGAUCUGCCCAUGAAAGAAGAUAUGAUAAUGGAUAAACUAAAUGAGAACUCUACUCCAGAAAAAACAGACAUGACCCCAUCCACAACCUCCCCACCUUCUUAUGACAGUGUAACAAAGCCAGACAAGGAUAAAUAUGAAAAAGACAAAUCAGAAAAAGAAGAUAAAGGUAAAGACAGCAAGGAAAGUAAAAAGUAACACAGAAUGAUGUUUGGGAUAAACUGUUUACAGUCUGAAAAAGUAUGUAUUUGUGUCAACAGGACUCCUGUAGGAGGUACAUGCCAAACUGUCAGUUUUUACAUAUAUAGAUAUAUAUAUGAUUAUAUAUAUAUAUAUAAGGUCAGUGCCUAUAACAAGACAGUGACCCCUCGUCAUCAAACUGCAACUCUGUAAAACAGGGUAACAUCUUGACAGGAGGUUGUUGUUUUUAGUACCAGCUGACAGUGCUGAAGAGAUGAUAAAAUGGCCAAUCAGAUGGUAGGGACCAGUUAAAAAAAAGGGUGCAAACCUAUGAAUCUCUGUGUUUAACAUGAAACACACAGUACAAAAAUUGUAUCCACUGUUAGCAUUUCAACAGUCACAUUUGCCAUAUUUUUACAAAAAUCAGUGUUGGUGAACUUAUCAUUUUUUAAUUCACAGGUUGUUUACUAUUAUAUGUGACUAUUUUUGUAAAUGGGUUUUAUGUUGGGGAAGGGGGUAUGAGGACCAGGUGUUCUACUCUCGGAUUCUCUAUAAUGUACAGACUGAAGUGAUUUGCAUGAAGGCAUGCUGCACUUGUAGUUCAUGCAUGGAAAAACAUGACGUCGCACAAAGCAGCAGUCUGACUACUUCCAUGUUUCAGGGUGGCUCUAUGUUUUGAGGUGCUUAAUAACAGUAUCCAUCUAGUAUCUCAUCCAGAAAAUCUUAAUGUGCCUGUAAAGUCCCAUAGAGUCUACAAUAAUAGAACAGAUGUUUUAUUUUUUCAUAAGUCAUUUAACUGUGGUUGAACAAACUCUGCGUAAAAAUUUUUCCGAGGGACAUGAGUCCACUUUUAAGUAUUCUUCUGCGAAAAACCGCCUACCUGACCUUGGGAAAUUGUGUUUACCAAAAACUUGCAAAACUUAAGAAUUAUAAAGUUGUUCUGCUUCACCCUGCAGUAUCGUUUAGCCAUCUUCUGCUCUCAGCAAGGUUGACAUUAUAUGUGUUGAUUAAAAAAGUACCGUCUAUGUAAAUAGUUAUUUUAUCCCGUGGUGCAUGUUUGAGCAAACAAAUAAUGACGUGCACAAUAUUUAUUGCAUCAAAUAUGUACCACAGUAAGUGUAAUUUGCAAGCUUUCAACAGCUAAUAUAAAAUAUUCUGUACCAUUAUAGAUAGUUUGGAAGCUAUCACUGAUGCAUGUUUAUCUUGCCUUUGCUGCUGUUAUUCUACUCCUUCCACUGUUAAGAGUCUAAUAUGGGAAGCCAUAUCUCAGUGGUUAAGUGAAAUAAAUUGGUCAAUCGGUCAUCAUUCUUUCACAACAUCAAGCAAUAGUUUGCAGCUAUUUAAGAGCUUCUUGCUUUGCAUUAUAAAAUUUUAAGUGACUACUGUACGGUGUAUAGUCAGACUGUACAGGAUAUGUUGCAAACUGCUUAAUCUGUUGAAAAAUACAUGGAUAGAAUUUUCUAAGAAAAUAUAAAUAUUGUAAAAAAUACCAUUUUAUUUUAUUUUUCAGCGUUUUGUACAUAAAAUAAGAAAUGAGAAUUAUCUUCAGGUUGAUGUUACUGUCACUUUUGUUACCUUCUAUCCAUAGCACUUUUUAAUUCAAGAACUUCACAAAAUAAGAAACAAAGGAAAGAAUGGGGUAGCUUUAGGUUUCUGCUUUUUUAUUAGUACUGUAUUUUUGCACACAUUUUAAUGUGAAAUAAGUUUCAAACUGAGUCCAAAAUGCACUUGCUUCCAAAUAGAUAUAACUUGUAAUUGAAAUGUGGUGGGGAAGAUUUGUUUAAAAUUCUAGCACUGCCUGCAUCAGAAGUUUCAAGGUAGUCUUUUUAUUCAUGAAAUCUUUACCGGUGUUUGUUUACAUAGACUAUUCUUAUUCUUGUUGAUUCAUGCUGCACUAGAACUGUUCUAAAUAUAAUAUGGGAUCCACGAUGCUUUUUUUUCCACAGGAAUUAAAUAGCAAACUUGUAUAAUUGAUCACAUCAGGACAUUUUGUGUUUCUUACACAAGCAAAAAUUCGAUGUUGACUCCUCCUUUUACAAAACUAUUGACUUGUGUGUCGGUGAACUGCAUGCAGGAAAAUGCUAUUACCAUAAAGAACAGUAAACCACAUUACAGUUGAGCCAAAAGAAUAAAGACUUCAUUUUUUAUUGUA